CGCACCAACUCUCCCUCCAGCCUGACACCAAGCGGACUCCCUGUCCUGGCUUGUAUAAACACAAAGGGCUGCAGUCAGUCACUCGUCCUCCCUUUUUCCUUGUCGCUGCCUCUUUCCCAGGGCUCUGUCUGCGCCGGGUUUUGACAGCUGAAUAGAGUGUCUGCUCGCUUAUUGUGCUCUAGCCCGGAGAGGAAGCUGCAUUUUCACAAGAGGCGUCGGCAGGACCCCGGACUAAGGAUUUCUGACUACCGUUCUAAAAUUCACAGAGUGCCUGGAGAAUAUCAAUAUGCUGUGCACCAGCAUUAUUUUUGUGCACGUUCUUUCAUCUUUCGUGAUGGAAAUUAAAGCUGCAGCAGAGGGAGUUACGGAACAUGAGGCACCUCAGGCCACCAGUCCAUCAUUUCAAACAGAUUUGAUUGAUCUCAUCCGGUUAACCACUAUGAGUCAUCAGGGAUAUGGACUGGAGCUACCUCUGGCAUCAUCUGAGUUGCCUCCAGAAACGGAUAGUAACCUCGAACCUUUGCUGCACUCUCACAUGUCAACACUGCCCGCACAAAGGCAGGCUAGUACAAGUCCAGUGUUGACGCCUUGGAUGCCGACAGUUGAAAGUGAGACUAGUGCAGAGCCAAUGUUGAUACCACACAUCAGCGUAGAGUCUGGCGAUAUCUCUGCAAAUGCUGAAUCGUUCAACCAAGGUGACAUUGGCUCUCCCAGAAGUGUUGCACAGCUGGAAGCUGCCACAUUUUCAAACAAAAAACAUAUAGAUGUCCCAGCUGCCACGGAAGGUCUUAGAGGAGCCAUUCCUACUCGUCAUCCAGAACUAGUGAACAAAUUCAGCAAUUCCACUGACAUUUCCAUUCAUGACGUGUCCACAAUUGGAUUUCAUCUGGCUGGAUCCUCAGCUGUGUCAGCUUCAUCCCUGAUGUAUCCGGCGAGGCUGGGAACCACCCCUGAGUCCCCACAGGGAAGAUCAAUGAUGCCAAUCUAUACAUUUCCUGGUUCUCAGAAAAGACCAGCCACAGAAAGACCAAUCAUCACCACUCAAAGUGCUGAGGUGCUGACCAAAGUGAAGCCAUCAAUCCAAAUGACUUCUGAUCUUUGGAACAACGACCGAUCUGUGCUUUUCUCAGUGACUGAACUAACACCUGAGAUCUUGAAUCCAUCCUCAAAAGGUAUUACCCAUCAGAUGGUCACAUCAGCCAAAGACAAAUCCAACCAUGGGUUGUCAACAGUAAAAGAAACAUCCUCGGGCAUCACCCUGCUCAACGAAGAGGUUGAGUUGGAUAAUACUGCAGCUCCGAGUACGACAUUGGGAAGAAGCUCGCCAACUAGCGAAGCACACAAUGCCAGCUCUCCUGAUAAAGGGAGAUUGGAUUAUUUAUUCAUAACUUUGCUUUCUUCUACUCCAGCCAACCAACCUCAACAAACAAAAGUCAAUGAGCAGCCAGAAAGGGCAACAGGCAAGUAACAAAGCUUUAUAACUAACUGUUAAUGACUAAUAAAAAUCUAAUUGCAGAAAAUCUCACCUGAACAUUAUUGUGGCACUUAACCAAAUAACAAUUUGAAUUGUUUCUGAAUAGCCAUCUGGUUUUACUGCAAGACCGCGUUGGAAAGAACUGCAGAUGCUGGUUUAAAUCAAAGGUACAAAAUGCUGGAGUAACUCAGCGGGACAGGCAGCAUCUCUGGGGAGAAGGGAUGGGUGAAGUUUCG